AUGGGAAGUGAACCGUCGAUACAUGGGGAAAUGUUGUUGGAAAUGUUUAUCGGAAAGAGACCCACUGAUGGGAUGUUUAAAGAGAGUUUAAACCUUCAUAACUAUGUUAAGAUGAAUUUGCCUGAAACAGUAGCUAAUGCCGCCGAUCCGAGACUUCUCCAAUAUGGAGGAGAGGGAGCGACGAGCAUAAACUAUCGACAUCCGGAUCACAGACAUGCUAGCAGUUACGAAAUUCAGGAGUGCUUGAUUUCACUAUUUGGAAUUGGACUCGCAUGUUCACAAGAAACUCCAAGUGAGCGGUUGGACACUAGUGACAUUCUAGCCAAGUUGCUUGUGGUAAGGAACAAAUUCAUGGAGACUGGUGGCAUACAUGAACAGAGAUCUAGAAUUGGCAUCCAAUCUUGA